CAUUAUAAAUAAUAGAUUCAUCCCUUGGAACAGUUCACCCCUCUCUCUCUCUCCAUCUUCUCUCCUCCUACUGUGGUCAGGACGAGUUAAAGCGUUAUUCUCUGAGAAUGGGGAGUGCUGGAAAGGAAGCCACCAGCUAUGGCGAAUACACUUACGCGAAUUUAGAGAGAGAAUCAUACUGGCCCUCUGAGAAACUGAGGAUCUCCAUCACUGGAGCUGGAGGAUUCAUAGCCUCUCACAUAGCCCGAAGGCUUAAGAGUGAGGGCCAUUACAUCAUAGCUUCAGAUUGGAAGAAGAAUGAGCACAUGCCCGAGGACAUGUUUUGCCAUGAGUUUCACUUGGUAGACCUAAGGGUCAUGGAUAAUUGCCUUAAGGUCACUACUGGUGUGGACCAUGUCUUCAAUUUGGCUGCUGACAUGGGAGGAAUGGGUUUUAUACAGUCGAACCAUUCUGUUAUUAUGUACAAUAAUACCAUGAUCAGUUUCAAUAUGCUCGAGGCAGCGAGGAUUAAUGGAGUUAAAAGGUUUUUCUAUGCUUCUAGUGCUUGCAUCUACCCUGAGUUCAAGCAGCUGGAGACAAAUGUUAGCUUGAAGGAAUCUGAUGCUUGGCCUGCUGAGCCUCAAGAUGCAUAUGGGCUGGAGAAGCUUGCAACUGAGGAGCUGUGCAAACACUACACGAAGGACUUUGGAAUCGAGUGCCGUGUUGGACGUUUCCACAACAUUUAUGGUCCAUUUGGAACAUGGAAAGGAGGGAGAGAAAAGGCACCAGCUGCCUUUUGUAGGAAGGCAAUCACUUCCACCGAUAAGUUUGAGAUGUGGGGCGAUGGGCUUCAAACUCGUUCUUUCACAUUCAUUGAUGAAUGUGUUGAAGGCGUCCUAAGGUUGACAAAGUCUGAUUUUAGGGAGCCAGUGAACAUUGGGAGCGAUGAGAUGGUGAGCAUGAAUGAGAUGGCUGAAAUUGUGCUUAGUUUUGAGGACAAGAAGCUCCCCAUCCACCACAUUCCAGGUCCCGAGGGUGUGAGGGGACGCAACUCUGAUAAUACUCUUAUCAAGGAGAAGCUGGGAUGGGCACCCACCAUGAAAUUGAAGGAUGGUUUGAGGUUCACAUACUUUUGGAUAAAGGAUCAGAUUGAGAAAGAGAAAGCUCAGGGGAUUGACCUUUCAGUUUAUGGGUCUUCGAAAGUGGUCGGGACUCAGGCCCCAGUUCAACUUGGAUCACUGAGAGCGGCUGAUGGGAAGGAAUGAGAACCACCUCAUUCAGCAGUUUUAUAAAAGACAAGUUAGCGGAAAAGAGGAAAAAGGAAAAAGGAAAACAAAAACAAAACGAGAAAAAAUUAAAGGAGUGAUGGAUUGCAGUUAAAAAGGGGAGGAAUUGUUUCGCUUUAGGGUUGUGAUUUAGCAUUCCCUGUGUUUGUAUUUGCAGGGGUAGGAAUAAUUUUGGGUAUAACCAGGAACUUUUAUGCUGAGAACAUAUAUUUCUGAUUAUAAUGCAUCAAAGGGUCUCUCUCUCUGUUAGAUGAGGUUUGAGCCACUUUUUGUUGGGCAUGAGUAUGUGCUGAAAGGUCAAAGGCACCUUUAGAGCUCUACGUAUUUGUUGGUUACUCUGUUAUCCAUGGUAUCCUCUAUGCGGUUGAUUUGCUUUAAUUAAUGGAUCACAUUUUCUACGA